CCUCUAUUGAGUGCUUGCAUUGCUCGCGCGAGUCGUACCGCUGGAAGCGCACUCUCGGCGAACUCAUCUCCUGAUUACGCAUUAUCGAAUUGCAAGAGCACAGCGUCCUUGCCUCGCCCCAUCUGGUUGUUGCAGCCUGCUCUCCUGCAAAAGUGCUGCUGCAUUGCACGAUGCCGACGCGAUAUAACUGCGUCUUGGUGCUCACCGCAGCCUGCUACGAUGCCUUUACGACAAGACCAUCGCUGCGCUGUGGGAGACAACUCAUGCGCGCCAUCCCUCCGGCGCUCGAGGCCGACAUCAAAAGCUACCUCGCCGUGCGCGACCAGGCGCUGCGCACGAACACGACGGUCGACCGCGGCCAGGAAAUCAGGGAAGGCACGGAGAACAACCCGGUCUGGCAGGGCGCGAACUACCUGUUGAGUCUCGACACGUUCCUGCCCAAGGACGGCAACCUGGAUGAAUAUGGAAGAGUGAAGGAAGUCGACGCGCUGUCCUACACCGAGCUCGAGAAGUACGGCUUCGGCAAGCUCGUGCAGCCGAUCAUGGACGCGGGCGGCUACGCGGCCGUGUCGAAAGCGCUGGGCGUCGCCGUCAGCGCGCCGCGCGCGCCGCCCGUGCCGUCCGACGACGUCGUGCGCGAGGGCCCGCAGCGCGGCGUUUCAUUGGGAGGCUCCAUCGAGGAGAAGAUGGCGGAGAUCGGCAAGCUGAACGCGACUCAAAUAAAACUCGACAAGGAGGCGAAGGCAGCCGCGAAGGCGGCGCGGGCGGCGCGGGCCGCGGCGCCCAAACCGCCACGCGAAGAGCUGGUCGUGCGGACGACGCGGCGCCCCAAGAAGGUCACCGAAGCGCCGAAGGUCGAGAAGCGCGAGUGGCCCGCGGCGGCGGCGCCGCUGUCGCUUGGCUUCGCGCCGCGCGCCUACGCGGUCUUGGCGUUGUUGUUAGUAGGGGCGCCGGGCGCGCCGGCCACGGCGCAGCUCCUGCAGCAGGUCGGAUUGUCGGGCGACCUCGGGGACCUGGCGCCGGUCGGCGCGGCGGUGCUCGCGGCGAACGUCGCCGCGGCGGGCGUCGUGGUUUUUCGUGGGUCCGAGCGCCCGGCGUUCGCGGCCCUCCGAGCGCUCGUCGGCGGGCCGCUCGUGCUGCUGGAGGAGGGGGGUAAGUAGCAGGCGCUC